AUGGAGCGUGAGAUAUCCCGGUUGCUACGACGUGCGGAAGAAGCCGAAAAACUGGCAGAAGAAGCCGAAAAACGGCUGGAAGAAGCCAAAAAGCGUAAUGCGGAGGCCAAAAAGCGCGAGGAGGAGGCCCAGCGACAACUAAGCAGAGAAAGGCUCGAGAGCCGACAGAUCCUACAGCUAGUCCGAAAAACCACCCUUCCCGAGUUUCUCGAUGCUUGCCAUGUCCACUUAUUUCUUGGCCUAGCCAUACAACCAGAUCCGAACUCAUCAACCAAAGGCAAGCCGGCAAAUGCAGACGAUAAGUAUCGCCCAGCUAAGAUUCGCGAGUGGAUGGGGUUUCCGCAGGAGCAGGCCGCUAUAUGGGCGGAUCUCAUGGGCGUCGAUUUUGUCACCCAGCGCCAUUUUUUGUCGCUGCUUAUGCUGAAAGAAUAUGGUAGAGAGGUCCCACAACGAAUGUCGGGUUCAGAGCUUGAUCUCGGCUAUUUUGAACGGCUCACGAUCGAGUCGCGUCUCGCCGAUAUCAUCAGGCAACUCUACACAAGCCCGCAAAUCCGACGAGUCUUUCACCUUAAGGGAGAUGUGACCUUUGAAAACCAUGCGAAUACAUUAACGGACGGGUCAAUGGUGGACAAGAUGAAAUCCAUGAGCUUGGAGCCGAAACAACAGGAACUACAGGAACUACAGGAACAACCGCGUCGCUCAGGCCGAUUGGCUGCGAAACAGUCCGAUAAGUCUCAACUUCCACCUUCGAGUCCGCCAGAUGCGGAAAGCCAAGGACCUGUGAAGCGAAAGCAACCUAAACCCCGAGGGGACCAGAUUUGUGUGUACAACAAAGCCCCCGAGGAAAGGGUUCCUGUCUUUAUCGUCGAAUACAAAGCGCCACAUAAGCUCACGCUCGCGCAUAUACUGGCCGGGCUCUCGGACAUGGAGGUCGACCAGGUGGUCCAUUAUCAGGAAGAUGAGACGCCAGAAGUCAUUUGCCGGCGCGUUGUGGCUGCAGUCAUCACACAGGCAUUUUCCCACAUGAUCACUGCGGGGCUGGAGUUUGGAUAUGUGUGUACCGGCGAAGCAUUCAUAUUUCUUCGUGUUCCACGCGACGAUCCUUCCACCGUAUACUAUUAUCUAUCGGUGCCGAAAGAAGACGUUGGUGAUACAACUGGAUGGACCGGUGAUCCAAGUGACGACAACAGAUUGCACUUAACAGCAAUCGGUCAGGUGUUGGCUUUCACUCUCCGAGCUUUGCAAACACCGAGGCGAGGUAUGCGGUGGAGCGAGUGGGCAGAGGACAGAUUGGUCAAAUGGGAAAUGAUAUUUGACCACGUUCUCGGCGAAUUAUCGAAUGUAGAGGUGCCCUCUUCAGAAUACAAGCCCCCGCGGACCAGCACAACUUUCGGCCACUUGUCUCUUGUCAAGACUCGAUCAAAGUCCACCGCUGCAACAUUCGCAUCCUGCACUCCUUUGGAGGCUCUGAGUUCGUCCGAGUCUGGUGAUUCUCCCGACGGACCCAACUCACACACCCCCAGUCGAAGGCCCUGGGGUCCCCGCGCCGAUCACUCAGCCUUGCCCCCAUCCUCAGCUGCAACAAAGUCACGAGGAGGACGAGGAGACUCUUCCUCAAAGGGCAAGUCUCGCCAGUAUUGUACACAACAGUGCCUCUUAGGCUUGGUCACGAGAGGGAGUUUGGAUCAGGAAUGCCCCAAUGUGCUGGAUCAUGGAGUUGAUCGACAUCCAAUCAGCAAGGCCACACUCAUCCGUCUCUUGGAUCGGCAAUUCUUCGGGCAAGACCUGGGUCCUGACGUGGAGGACGUGGAGAUGGGAUGCGAGUCCUUGCAUAUUCAUGGCACACGUGGAGCCCUUUUUAAAGUGACUUUGUUGUCUCACGGGUAUACUUUUGUUGGCAAAGGUGUGCCUAUCGAGUUCUUUGAACACAUCCAACAUGAGCAGCGCAUGUAUUCGCGUCUCCGUCCACUACAGGGGGUGCACGUGCCUGUUGUACUGGGUGGCCUAACUCUCCGUCGAUCAAUCUCUUACGACGGCAUCGUGGAGAUUGUGCACUUCAUGCUGAUGGGGUAUGCGGGCAGGACGCUGGCUGAGCGACACGAAAUCGAACCAGAUCAGCUAAUUCGUCUCGCGGAAGUCUCGCUACAUGCUAUCCACGGAUUAGGCGUGCUCCACAGUGAUCCAAUUGCCGGCAACAUGGUCUACAAUGAGGAUAGCGGUCGGGUAAUGUUCAUUGAUUUUGAGCGAGCGGAGUUCCAGAAAAGACGACCUGCGCUGGAAUCUCUGUCGCCGAAUCAAAAGUGCAAGCAAGCGACUGACGCAUGUGGAAAGAACCCUAACAAGCGCGAUAACUUUGAGCUUGAAACUCGGCGCAUGAGGCAUGCUAUGCUAUGGUAA